AUGUCUUUGAAAAAUUUUAAUCAAGUUACGGGGGAAGUUGAGUUGGAGACUAAUGGAUCUAAUGGUGACCUUGAUAACGAUGAUUUAGACUUGCUCCAAAUGGGUCAUACUCCCGCACUACAAAGAAAUUUCAGCAGAUUUUCUUUAUUGGCUCUCUCAUUUAUGAUUGUCGAUUCUUGGCUUGGAAUUUCUACCAGUCUUGGAACGGGUAUAAGCUCAGGUGGAACAGCCAUGUUAAUAUAUGGCAGUCUUGGUGCUUCGUUUUUUACCCUUUGUAUUGCGCUUUCGUUGGCCGAAAUAGGUGGCGCAUAUCCUACUUCUGGUGGACAGUACCACUGGACCAAAACUUUGGCUCCUAAAAAAAUUUCAAGGAUAAGCUCCUACCUUUGUGGAUACUAUAAUACUUUUGGUUGGUGUACCACAUCUGCUUCUGUUAAUCUAGCCUUGUCUCAAUUUGUGAUGGCUAUUAUUAUUUUAUGUCAUCCGGAUAUAGAAUAUCAUCGUUGGCAAGGAUUUAUUAUUUAUCAGGUUAUGAAUAUAAUAAUCACCUUUAUGAAUGUUUUCGGACAUUCUAUAAUUCCCAUUUUUAAUAAGGCUGGGUUUUUGAUUUGCCUUAGUGCUUUUAUUGUGAUCAACUGCACCUUGAUAGCUACCGCAGACAAAAGGAACUCUGCCAAGUUUGUUUUCGCCAGCUUUACAAAUAACACAGGGUACGAGUCGAAUCCUUUAGCUUUCAUCGUAGGUUUAUCUUGCACGGCAUUUUCUUACGGUGGGCUUGAUGGAUCAAUUCACAUUUCAGAGGAACUAAAAGAUGCCAAAAAAACUUUACCCAAGAUCUUAGUAAUGACUGUUGUUAUUGGAUUCGUUACAAUGUUUUUAACAGCAAUUGUAAUAAGUUUUUCGAUUCAAGACCUUAACGGAUUGAUUGACACACCAACUGGGGUUCCAAUUAUCGAAUUACUUUAUCAAACAACAAAAAAUAAAGGGGCGUCAGUAUUUUUAAGUACCGUGUUGUUGUACUUGACAAUGUCUGCAUUUAUUGGAUGUCAGGGGACUUCUAAUAGACUAAUUUGGGCAUUUGCAAGAGACCAUGGUUUACCUGUUUCACAUAAAUUAUCAAUAGUUAAUUCAAAAUUUAAGGUUCCUGUUAAUGCCUCCAUCUUAUGUUGGUUUAUAAUAUCAAUUUUGGGGUGUAUAUACCUUGGUUCCUCGACAGCUUUUAAUGCACUUGUGGGAUGCAAUGCCUUGAUGGGUUAUAUCUCUUUUGCUUUUCCUAUCGCAUUCCUAUUGUUAGGAGGAAGGAAACGCUUGAGCAAAAGUACUUUCGAAUUGGGUCCUGUCUUUGGUUCAAUUUUGAAUAUCUUAGCUUUAGGAUGGAUAAUAUUUGCAGUUGUUAUGUUGGAAUUUCCGUAUACAAAACCCGUGACCGCUGGCAAUAUGAAUUACUCUUCUGCCAUAAUUGGAGGUACUGGUAUUAUUGCUUUAAUAUGUUGGAUAAUCAGCGGCCGUAAACACUAUUUUGAAGACAAACUUGAAGAGAAGAUUAUUUCGGAAAUUUCUCAAUCGAUUUGA